AGAAAAAAACAGGAGCUUUAAAAUAUGUUUGAUCUUUUGCCAUUCUAGUCCUUUAUACGCAUGCACGCACACACAUAAACACACACACACAGGUGAGAGUGCAUCGGAGAAGUGGGAGUGGUGCGUGUAUUUAACUGGCAGAGCAGCUUCUGCAGCGAUCCACGUCCACCACACACACAUACACACACACACACACACACACACACACUCACAUCACAUCCACUCUUCACUGCAGCGUGACCCGCAGAGCAGCUCGUAGCGCGGCUGUGUCAUCCUCCAUGGAUAUGAAGAACAUGAGAGAGUAUGUGUGCUGGCUGUACUAUCAGUACCUGCUCAUCACAGGCAUCUAUGUGCUGGAGCCGUGGGAACAGUCCAUCUUCAACACUGUCCUCUGUACUAUGGUGGCCAUGGUCAUUUACACCUCCUAUGUGUUCGUACCUAUCCACAUGCGGCUGGCGCUGGAGUUCUUCUCUGAGCUGGUCCGAGAGCAGUCCGAGAGCACAUUGGCCCUCAUGAACUCACGGUGAACUGUUGAUUACUGGCUUGAAAACCCUUGUUUAUUUUCUACUCAGGAACAGACACAAGCCAGAAGUAAUGAGGUGUUGUCAAAGCCAUGUUCAAGCCCUUCAAGUCUUCCACGUUUGCCUGGUUUCCCUCACCGUCGUGCGAUUUUGUAUGCAAGGAUUGGGAUGGAUUCCCAAGGGAGUUUUUUGCACAAUAACACAUCACAUGUGGACACUACUUUGCAAACAAUGUCCUCAUCUUCACUGGAUAAUGAUUCUAACUCCAAAUUAGAUAUUGUUUGCUCCAGUGCAAAUUAAAAGUUGUUUUUUAUUAUUGCAUACUGAUUUCUUUUAUUCUGGGUGUUUUGUAAUCCCCUAUGCAGUGUGACUGCUCUGCAUGUUUAUUUCUGAAUUCAGAUUGCUGCACUUCAUUUUAAACUGUUGA